AUGGAGUAUGAAUCAAUAUCGGAAACUUCUGAUGGUUGUUUUCCGAUUUUAAGAUCGGAUAUCGACUGUCUAUCGCUGUAUGAAUCUAACUCAAGAGACUCGGGGUUCGAGGAGCUCACGACAUUUCGGUGUUCCAACGAAUCAGACCUCGCAGACGAUAUUUUCCAGGAUUUGCCCGAGAUUGGCUCUCCGAAAGUCUCAAAAAUUCCAACCAGCUUUUCAAAUGUGAUUAGCAAACAUAUAGAAACACUUAAAAACGAAAAGGAAUCUUUCGCUAUCAAAAAGAAAUGUUUUAAAAGGUUUGAAACGGAAGAAGAUUGGCGUGUUAAAAGAACAAAGUUAACCAAAAACGAAAUUUCGCCUCAGUCCAGCGAACGUAUUAAAAUCGCAGUUCAGGAUUCGAAUAGCCAUUCGGAAUUAAUUGGUGAUUUUACCGGAAAUUAUCGUUUGCCUUUAACUAAAACGCGACAUGAAAAUCUUAAAGCCGUUGAUGCUAAUACGGUGGCAAAACUAUUAAGAGGGGAUUACAUCGAUGAAAUAGGGUCGUUUAAAAUUAUAGAUUGCAGAUUUCCUUACGAAUACAACGGAGGACACAUUAGCGGAGCUAUAAAUUUGUACACCUUCGAUCAGUGUUCGGCUCUGUUAGAUCGCGCGCAAGAGAACUUCAAACUUAAAGAAGAAAAACAAAUACUGAUUUUUCAUUGUGAAUAUUCAGCCGAAAGAGGACCGAAUAUGUAUCGCUUCCUGAGGAAUGAAGAUCGACAGUUAAACGUCCACACUUACCCAGGACUCUAUUUUCCUGAGAUUUAUCUUCUCGAAGGGGGUUACAAACGAUUUUUCGAUGAAUUUUCGGAAUACUGCACACCUUACGGGUAUAUGCCGAUGAUUAGCGAAAAACACGAAGCCGACUUCAAAUUGUUUAGGAAAAUUUCGAAUACUUUCAGUUCAGAUGUUCGGAAUAAAAGAACGCACAAUUUUAAAAAAAUUGGUCGAUUGUUUAGUUAG